UUUCCCUGAAGAAGCCACUCUCACAGGUCACCAUGAGUCCCUCUCAGUCUUCCACUCCUCCUUCACUGUCUUCUUAAAAUCUCUUUGAAAAAAAAGUCUCAUCUUCAAAGCAUACAGCUUACUCUCUUCUUCAUAUCAACAUAUCUGCCUUUUGUCUAUCUCACUCAAUGUCUUCCGCCAUUGGAUGCUGACAGGGUUUCUUCUUUGGAUAUUAUGUGUGCUUAAAAAGGGUGUGAAUUUGGGGGUUAUCAGUUGAAAAUGGCAGGUGAGAUUGAAGAGCCUUUCAGGCAUAAUUUCCAGGCGGAUUCUCUUCACUCGGGUUCGAUCUCGUUUGGGCGGUUUAAGAAUGAGGAUUUGUGUUGGGAGAGGAGGUCGUCUUUCUCGCAUAACAGGUACCUCGAAGAGGUGGAGAAAUACUCGAAGCCGGGCUCUGUUAUUGAGAAAAAGGCGAUACUCGAGGCUCAUUUUAAACGGAGGGCGCUUUUAAGCCAGAGUUCUUGUGAGUCUCGUAAUAGUGGAGCGGAGUGCCAAACUAGCGGGAAUGAUCUGUCUGAGAAUAAUGUUCAUAAUGAGCAGGACGAUGAGAAUGUUAAUAGUGCGGGACAAUCUGCACACUUUAGUGUGACCGAGAGUACAGGGUACGAGGGGGACUUCGAGCAUUUCAAUGAUUGUAGUUAUUCUGCACAGAGUCGGGAUGGAUCGGUGUAUGAUGGCGAGCAUGAAUUGACUGAAUUUGAAAGGGAAGAUUGCGGAUUUUUGUACUCGGGACCUCUGAGUAAACCCGCUGUUGACUAUAGCGGGACUGCUGAUAUUGUUUCUGAUCAUUUUCAAGAAGCAGAGGGUUGUUCUCGUGUUACCGGGAUAGUCAACCCCGAAUCAGAAAUUCACGCCGAGGAGAAUUUUGGCGGUGAAGCUAGCAGUGAAAACGUGACAUCAAGUACGGCUGCUCCGAUUCCUACUUCUCCCAAAAUUGAAAUUGACGGGAGCACCAGUUCAGAGCCUCGACCGAAAUUUUCCCCGAAGGCGAGAUCUGCAUCACAAAUUAAGCAAUCGAAAUCUAGAUCGUCUCUAGUUAAUACUGCUAAUAAGGUAACUGCAAUCGUCUCAAAAGAAGCUACCAAAGAUCCGGUAAAAGACAUUACCAGAAAACCUAGAAGGCUGAGUGGCAUUUCAUCAUCAGCGAGAGAAAAACCGGUUUUGCAAUCGGUUUCUGCUCCCGCUUAUUGUUCAGUGUCGAGAACACCAAAACACGAGGUUUCAUCUGGUUCGAAAAGUAGAGUACAUAAGGAAAGUAAAAGCGCUGAAAAGGAAAUGAGAACGAAAGAGAAGGUUGUCCAUAAAGUGCAUCAAGGCGUGGACAGGCAUAAAAGGGCUGUUGCUUCGGCUACACCGAGCGUGAAACAAAACGGUUCUGCUUUCAGUUUCAAAAGCGAAGAACGUGCGGAGAGGAGGAAGGAGUUCUCGAUGAAGCUGGAGGAGAAAAUGAAUGCAAAGGAAGCCGAGAUGCAUCAGCUUCAAACGAGAAAGAAGGAAAAGUCGGAAGCUGAGAUACGAAGGCUGAGAAGAAGCCUGAAUUUCAAAGCAACUCCCAUGCCGUCUUUUUACAAUGAAGCUGGACAACAAUCAGAUCGAAACAAGAACAUGGCGAAUAGAUCCAAAUCGAGUAAGCCACAAAGAAAGCAAUCAUCUUCAAGCACAGUAGGAGCCGAAAACGACACAUCGUCUUCAGGGGCGACGAAUAACGGAUCUCAUUCCACCCGCAAACAUUUGGACUUCGGGGGCGCUUCACAACAAGCCUCGUCGACAAUCAAGCACCGGAAAACAAUCUCCUCCGAUGGCAGCGUGUCGUCUCCGCUUCCUACUCCAGUAGUGAAGAACGAGCAAGAGACGAGGAAUUCGAGAAAACCAAAAACACCUGAGGCCAACAAGGUAAACAAAAGCCCCCCCAAGGUCGAGGGGAAACCGAAGAUUAUUAGUAGUGCGAGGAGAACUAGCAACAAUGUGAUCAAGAAGGACAUCAAAGGCAUUCACUUGGGGAGUAAUUCGAGAAUGGAUUGCUUCGCUGUGGGCGUCGCUUCCUAAACGCCCCGAGCUUGCUCGAACAACGCCUAUUAUACACAUCUCAUCAGGUCAGAUCGAUCAAUCCAUAUGCGUUCUCGCCUUCUCUUGACAAUGUAAUAUCAUAUCAACGUUUCUCGGUUCCAAUAGAUCGAUUACUACUUCUGCACAUAUGCAUCUCAUGUAACUAUAUCUAGUUUGAUAGACUAUAUUUUGAGCAUUUGUUUCGUCGUGUUAGGUUCUUGCAAUUUCAAGAAUGCUAUGUUACUGGAAACCCCAAACCCAAAGAAAUGAGAGGCCUCUGAAUUAAUGACAUAUGCUUUGCUAAUACUUAUCAGCUUUAAUUUUA